AUGAUUGUAUUUUAUGACGAGGCUUUCAGAUACGAUACAAACACGGGUAGGAUCUUAGCGCCAGCCAGUGGAUGGAACGCCCAAGAUAUCUACAUUCACCUUGGUAAGCUGUUCAAUAGCGCUGUUUGUUCUCGAGGCGCUGCCCAAUUUGUCCUUGGUUGGAAAUGCGCCGUGCGUGUGCGCCCGCUUUUUCUGCGCCGCACAGCCCUUAGUCGACAGCGAGAAAAGCUUUUUUCUACCAUCGCCUCGUUUCUGCAUCGACGCGGCCUUGGCACUGGAAGAGCUCACGGUAGUAAACACGGGUCUCACUAUGCGGACUACAGCAAAGCCUCACAGCAGUUCGAGAAGAACGUCUCUGCAGUGCAAAAACUGAUUGCGGCUGCUGGUCUAACAUAUGGCUUCAAAGUACCACGUGCAGAAAAGACGACCCGCACUAGUUCACGAAGCAGAGGUGUAAAAAGCGGCUUUGAAGCUCAACCAGAGAACGUGCAUAUAAGCGAUGAGGUAAGAGUUUUUGCUUAAAU